UCCAGCCAGCGGUUCCUGUGAGGGCGAGCUGAGGCAGAGAAAGGGCGCAGAACUGGAAAAGGGUGAGUCAGACACGGUCUACGCAAUAGAGGGAGGUGGCACCGUGGAGUGGGGCUGAAUUAGUAAAUGGACACGUGCUACAGUCUCUCCAGAGACACCGAGAGCUUAGAGCCAGUGAGAGGAGGCUCAGGAGGAACCAGAGCCCGGUCCGUGCACCUGUUCUCUUGGCACCCCGCCGCCAUCUCCAACAUGCAGUCCCGGGAAGAGGCUCCGCGCUCUCGGCGCCUUGCCAGUGCCCGCGGUGGAAAGCGGCCCAAGAGAAUUCACAAGCCCACAGUAUCGGCGUUUUUCACUGGCCCAGAAGAGCUAAAGGACACAGCCCAUUCGGCCGCCCUGCUGGCACAGCUCAAGUCCUUUUACGACGCACGGUUGCUGUGUGAUGUGACCAUCGAGGUGGUCACUCCUGGCAGUGGGCCUGGCACCGGCCGCCUUUUUUUCUGCAACCGUAACGUGCUGGCUGCCGCGUGUCCCUACUUCAAGAGCAUGUUCACUGGCGGCAUGUACGAGAGCCAGCAGGCGAGCGUGACCAUGCACGACGUGGACGCCGAGUCCUUUGAGGUGUUGGUGGACUAUUGCUACACGGGUCGUGUGUCCCUGAGUGAGGCCAACGUGGAGCGCCUUUAUGCGGCAUCUGACAUGCUACAGCUGGAAUAUGUGCGGGAAGCCUGUGCCUCCUUCCUAGCCCGGCGCCUUGACCUGACCAACUGCACUGCCAUCUUCAAGUUCGCGGAUGCCUUCGGCCAUCGAAAGCUCCGAUCACAAGCCCAGGCCUUUAUAGCCCACAACUUCAAGCAACUUAGUCAGAUGGGUUCAAUUCGGGAGGAGACUCUGGCAGACCUGACCCUGGCCCAGAUGCUGACUGUCUUACGGCUAGAUAGUCUAAACAUAGAGCAAGAGCAAACAGUAUGUCAUGUGGCGGUGCAGUGGUUGGAGGCAGCUCCCAAGGAGCGGGGUCCCAGUGCUGCAGAAGUCUUCAAGUGUGUGCGUUGGGCACACUUCACUGAUAAGGAUCAGACUUACCUGGAAGGGCUGCUGACCAAUACCAUUGUGAAGAAGUACUGCCUUGACCUUAUCGAAGGAGCCCUGCAGCUGCGUUAUGGUGACAUGUUGUGCAAGUCUCUGGUGCCAGUGCCAGAGACCAGCAGCAGCUCUGUUGUAUCUGCAGCAGAAAAUCCACCCCAGAGGCUGGGUGUGUGUGCCAAGAAAAUGGUGAUCUUCUUUGGUCACCCUAGAGAUCCCUUUCUGUGCUGUGACCCAUACUCUGGGGACAUUUACAAAGUGCCAUCACCUGUGACCUGCCUUGCUCACACUAGGUCUGUAACUACCUUAGCAGUCUGUGUUUCUCCAGACCAUGACAUUUAUCUAGCUGCCCAGCCCAGGAAGGACCUCUGGGUGUAUAAACCUGCCCAGAACAGUUGGCAGCAACUUGCAGACCGCUUACUGUGCCGGGAAGGCAUGGAUGUGGCAUAUCUCAAUGGCUAUAUUUACAUUUUGGGUGGGCGAGACCCUAUCACUGGAGUUAAAUUGAAGGAAGUGGAAUGCUACAGUGUUCAGAGGAACCAGUGGGUACUGGUGGCUCCACUACCCCAUUCUUUCAUAUCUUUUGACCUAAUGGUAAUUCAGAACUAUCUUUAUGCUCUCAACAGUAAGCGCAUGUUCUGCUAUGAUCCUAGCCAUAAUAUAUGGCUGAAGUGUGUUUCUCUCAAGCGCAAUGACUUUCAGGAAGCCUGUGUCUUCAAUGAUGAAAUCUAUUGUAUCUGUGAUCUCCCUGUCAUGAAGGUCUAUAAUCCAGUCAGAGGAGAAUGGAGGCAGAUAAAUAAUAUUCCCAUGGUGUCAGAGACCAACAACUACCGGAUUAUUAAUCAUGGCCAAAAAUUACUGCUGAUCACCUCACGCACCCCACAAUGGAAAAAAAAUCGAGUGACAGUAUAUGAAUAUGACAUUGGGGCAGACCAGUGGAUUAAUAUAGGUACCACAUUAGGCCUCUUCCAGUUUGAUUCCAACUUUUUUUGCCUCUCAGCUCGUGUUUAUCCUUCUUGUCUUGAAUCUGGUCAGAGUUUCCUCACAGAGGAAGAAGAGGUACCUAGUGAAUCUAGUACUGAAUGGGACUUAGGUGGAUUCAGUGAGCUGGAUUCAGAGUCAGGAAGUUCAAGUUCUUUAUCUGAUGAUGAUUUGUGGGUACAGGUGGCACCUCAGUAACUUGGGAUAAGCAGAGUUUGUUCUAGAUGUGUUGAAACCCUAAGAUAUUUUUUUCUGGUUUGGAAAGUAGCCUAGCUAGAUACUUUUUCCAUUCUUCAGGAGAAAAGAAAGUUUGAUUUGGUCUUAAAAGAGUUUUGUUUGAAAUACUAACAUAGUUUUAUGUUAAAGAAUUUAAGCACUG